UCAUUGACACCCUGUAAAGUACUUUGUCGUCUCUGACGUCAUACUUCACAUAAAAAUGUUUGUAAAGUGGGAAAAUCAUCUGAAGAAGUGCAGGAAAUACAGAAGCAAAAACUCUCAAAAACGUUUGGCGAGAUUUUUGGAGUCUCCGGAGCAGUGGCUGAAAAGCCAAAAGAGAAAGAGAUCAAAGUUCCGGCAAAAGAAAUGACUUUUGAAGAAAAACGAAAGCAUCUUGAGACCACUUACCCCAAUAAAAGGACUCCGGAAAGCCGUGCCAAAUCACGUGAAAUUCUCAAGUUAAUUGCCGACAACCUGGAAAUGUUUCCAAUCGCAUCUCCAGAGUCUUCAUCUUCCAAGGCUAAAACAGAUCCGAUGUCCCGUCUCGAGCACGGAAGCGAGUUCAACGAUUUGACUGUUCCGAGAGUUGAAAAAUUGACACCGGUUUCCGAGUUGUACAGCAUUGAAAACACGUCGUUGAAGUUUGGUACGGAAGACGAUUUUUCUGAUCUGUCAUACUCGAAUACUUCACCAUUUCAAUCUGUCUCAACUCUUUACGAUCAGCCAUCAACCCCAUUCUCUGAUGAUUCGGAUUUGGAGGCUACCCCGCGCACUUGUGUUCAAUAAAUAUUACCAAUUAGUUGCUCAUUAAAAAUUGUAUUUAGAUAAAAACCUCUAUCAAAUAUGUAAUAUUGUAGCUCUAAUUAAGGAAAUUCACGAAUCUACUUUUUAAAACAUGAUUUUCCCAUUGCCACUAAAUCUGAAACUCUACGAGAUUUUUUUUUUAAUUUUUGAUUUUCAGUACGAAGUUACCCACUGAAAAUUGUAUUUGAAUAAAAACCUCUAUAAAAUGGGUAAUAUUUUUGCACUAAUUAAGAAAAUUCACGAAGCAACAUACGUACUAAAUAUCGAAAAUAAGAAAUUCUCGUAGAGUUUCAGAUUUAAUGGCAUUCGAAAAAGCAUGUUUUUUAAACUAGAAGUGGCAAAUGGGACA